AUGUCCGCCGUCGACCGACCGACUCCGCAGCGCUCUGAAACCUAAACUCUCCUGCACGUUUACGGGUCCAACCAUCGCCACGCCGGUACCCAUCCACGACCCAGCGGCUCGCUAUCCGCCACCGACUGGACUCUCUUGCUCUCAGAGCCGCAAAGAGCUACACAAAUCGCAGAAAUCGCACUGAAAGCACUUUAGCCACGCAAGCUAGUUAGCUGCACGUCUUCAUAUGUGAUCCCGAGAAGAGAGGAGUAUCAGGUCAGGAGCAGCAGUUCAUGGAAGACAAGAAAAGGAAAAAAGAAGACAAAAGGAAAAGGGAAGCCUCUCAGAGGGUUACAGAGCAAAAGAACAAAGUGCCAGACUUGACAAAGCCGGCUUCUGCCCACUCUCCUGCCACUCAGAGCAGCUCUGCCUCCCCCAGCCCUGGACCCCACCCCUCUGCUUCUCCAACCCCAGCGACCUCAGGCCCUGGCAGUGCUGCCACCCCGUCUCAGGGCGGCAACAAUGCCAAGCGCCUGGCAGUGGCCAACGGACAACCCAGCUCCAACACCAGUUCUUCCUCCACCGUUGGCGGCCCCAGCGCUGCUGGAAAUAGCAGUACAAGUAGCGGAGGCGGGACUCAGGCGCCUCAGCAGCCACCACGCUACAUGCCAAGAGAAGUGCCGCCACGAUUCCGCUGCCAGCAGGACCAUAAAGUGCUACUGAAGAGGGGUCAGCCACCACUGUCCUCCAUGCUGCUGGGAGGUGGGGGUGGAGGAGGGGAUGGUCCAAAUGCAAACAUGGCUGCUGUCUCAGAUUCUGGCAUGGCAUCGUCCUCAAUGACCCCCACCUCAUCAUCAGUUGCUGCUUCUACAACUAUUUCCAAUUAUGCAAAUUCCAUGUGGGGAUCAAGCUCAGGCAGCCAGGCCUCCUCUCAGGGCAGGGAGAAGGUCAUCGUGGAUGGCAACGAUCUAGAGGAGUGGCCGAGUAUAGCUGGCAGUGAUGGAGGGAAUAGUGGAAACAACGGAAUGCCUGUGAAUAGCAUCAGUGCCUCUGGCAACCAAUCCUCACCCACUUCCUCAUUCCCUUUGCCCAAUGAAUGUAUGCAGUCGUCCAAUAGUGUUGCAUGGGGGACGGCUGCCACCCAGGGUCAUCUUGGAGGAGGUACUGCCGUAGCUGCAACUGGGCCUCUGCUACAACAGCCCUCCUCACUUUCCAAAGCCCCCGCUGUGCCAGGGAGCCAUGAUGCCAAUGGCCCCGUUGAUGGUAGCAGUGGGAUUCCAGGUGCCAACUUCAGUCCAAAUGCCAACCCUUCAGCCUGGCCUGCCCUGGUGCAGCAGGAUGGCCUCGCCGCUGCAGGGGAAGGACUGACUUCCUUUCAUCACCAGGGCUCUGGAGGGUCUGUCAACGACUCUGCUUCCUUGGGCCUGGGAGGCGGGGCAGGCGGGGUGCUGGGAAGUCACCCAUCUAUAUCUGUGAAUAAGUCAAGCACCCAUCAGCACCAACUUCACCAAAUGCAAUCUAGAGACAGAGAGGUGGGAGGAGGGAAGUGGGACAGUGAAUCAGCAGGACCAAAAAGUGCAGGGGGAGAAAGGAUGGAGGGAGGAAUGGACCAUGAUGUGGGAGGAGGCGGCAUGAGUGUGGGAGACCACAGCCUUGCUUCUUCAUGGAGAGGCCAGCCUUCUUGCCCUGCAGCUAACUCCAAAACGGGUGCCUCAAGGACUGAUGGAUGGGACACUGGUGGAAGUGGGGGAUUAGCAGCUGCUGAAGGGGAUAAAGGGACCUCGAGUUGGGGAUAUCCUUCUUCCACAAGUGGGGGUAAUGCUUGGGGCAAUGCUGGGAAUGGGGGAAAUGGUGGCCAAACCUCCGGAGCAUCUCAGGGAGGGUGGGGGUUUUCAGGGGUAGGAGGGGUAGGAGGGGGAGGAGGGGAGAGAGUUGCUGGUAGUGACUGGGGUGGGAGCUCUACUGCUGUUGGUGGCACUAAUCCAGGAAGUGAGGAAAUGGGAGCCUGUAGUAGUAAUAGCAGCAGUAGUGGAGGAAGCACAGUGGGCAACCCCCCCGCUGCUUCCUCCUCCUCUUCAACCACCACCACUACAAACAGAGUCUGGGACAAUCAGAAAGGAGAGAGUGAAACAGGGGAAUGGGGUGAUGGGGCAGAAGGACAGGAAGGGCGAGGGGGAUCAUCAUCUAGUGGUGGAAAUUCCCGAAAUGGAAGUGCACAUAGCAGCAAUCGUCCUCGCCGACAGGCACUUAAUGCUGACGCUGCCUUACAGAACCUGCUUAGUCGGUCUGAUUUGGACCCCCGGGUGCUGUCAAACACAGGCUGGGGCCAAACUCAGAUCCGACAAAACACAACCUGGGAUGUUGAGGAUGUCUCUGGACAGAGCAAAGGUGGAACUGCGACAAGUUCUAUGAAACACCAAUCUUCUGUUGGUGGUCCUACUCAGUAUUCUAGUGGACCUAGGACCCUAAGCACUGAUUCAAAGGGUCCAGGGGUUAGUUCCUCCUUGGCUCCUUCUACCGGGUCCUCUGGAGAGGGCUGGGAGAGCAGUAGCAACAGUAGCAGUAGCGGGACCUCUUUGUCAGGGAGAGCGCCGCCACCAACAUGCUCCAACAUGAGGAGUUUUGGCGUUUCGCAGUCAGGGCCAGUGACUACAACUGCACCUGGUAUGGGAUCAGGGGUCAUACCUGGGGCCGGCCAGCAGUCCAAGGCUAUGGGCUGGGCAGGAGGAGGAAUUGGUUCUGCGGAUAGCCAUGAAGCCAAAGGUUGGCCGAAUGAGGAAUGGAGAGGCAAAACUAGAGGAGAGAAAGGAGGAUGGGGUGAUAUUGGGCAAAAGGGUGAGUCAGUGAGCGGAGGCUGGGGAGGAAGUCAACAGGAGAAAGGGACAGGGGGGUGGAAAGACGUUAGGGGGAGUGAAGAAGGAAGUGGGUGGGGAUCAGAACCAAAAGUGGGCUCCGGUAAGGAUUGGGUUGAGAAAGAGUCCAAAUCAAGUAAUAGUGGUGGAUGGGGAGACGAGAGGAGGAACGGAGGACACUCAGGUGGAGAUUCAAGCGGGAGUGGUUGGGGGAGUUGGGACGACCGGGCUCCCCGGAGGACCUGGGGAGCAGGGGACACAGGGGGAGGAGGCAGUGGGGGAGGGGGGGUUGAUUCAGGUGGAGGCAUGGGGUCCAAACCCCAUCAGAACUGGAGUGGAGGAAACAAAAUGCAUCAGAUGCCAAACUGCCAGUCGGGCUCCACCUCAGGCCCACAGGCACAACUGCAACAGCAACAAUCACAGCCCCACAAUCAGCAUCCACAGCUGCAGCAGGUGUUGGACCAAGGGGCUAUGCAAGGGGGCGGAGGAAGGAAACUUAUUUCUCAAGCCCAGGCACACAACCAAAGCUCAGGCUGGAGCUCGGGACCCAUCCCUAGCGUCUCCGGAGGUGGAGGAAAUGGAUCUGAACCAAGCGGCUGGGAGGAGCCCUCACCGCAGUCUAUUAGCAGGAAGAAUGAGAUAGAUGAUGGAACAUCAGCAUGGGGAGACCCAACCCAUUACAAUUACAAGCCGGUCAACCUGUGGGAUAAGAACAGUGGUCCUGGUAGUCAGCAGCCUCAGGGUCAGCAACACCAACAGCACCAACAACAACAGCAGCAGCAGCAACAGCAACAACACCAACAGCAACAACACCAACAGCAACAACACCAACAGCAACAACAACAACACCAACAACACCCACAACAACAACACCCACAACAGCAGCAGCAACAACAGCAAAACCAACACCAACAGCAACAUCAACAGCAACAUCAACAGCAACAGCAACAUCAACAGCAACAUCAACCACCUCCAACACAGCCCCAGCCCAGCAGGCACGCUGCAGCUAUUGGAGAACCAACAGGCUGGGGGGGGACCUCUCCAGCUAGUCCUACAGUAGACAAUGGCACGGCUGCUUGGGGAAAGUCAAGUGACACUCCUACUGGGUGGAGAGACCCUGAUGAUGCUGGAGGAAAGACAUCAUGCUGGGGAAACCCGUCUUCAAACUCAAUCAGAUCUGUUUCAAAGUCUAUGCAAGAUGGCUGGGGAGACAAAGACAGCUCAGUGGCCGCCUCGCGUCACUCAAGCUGGGAGGAUGAAGAGGAGGGCGGUGGCAUGUGGAAUAGCGCUGGCUCCCAGGGAAACAGCUCCUCGUGGGGACAGGGAAGCGGUGGAGGCUGGGGACAGGGCCACACUGGGAAGAAGCCCAUCAACAAGGGUCCGCUGAAAUCCGGUGGAGGAGAUUCAUGGAUGAGCCCCAUCAACAGACAGUUCUCUAAUAUGGGGCUGCUGAAUGAUGAUCCCAGUGGACCAAACAUUGACCUCGGUCCAAGUUCUCUCCAGGAGAAAAAAAUGGAGGCGGAGAAAAGAGGCAUAGGAAUGAUUGAUUACAAUGGAGAUUUGAGGAAAGGAGCAAGAGGAAGUGGAGUGGGGCCGAUUUAUCGUCCUGGGACUAAAGAGGCAGCACCAGGGGAUGCUGGCCAGUACUAUGACAAGCCCUUGCAUUUGAUCAAUCAGGAUGGGUGCCUUGGGGAGGAGGGUCCUUGUUCUCUGUACUCACCACCCACUGUCUACAAGCCCCAUACCCUCUUCAACCACUCUAUCCCCUUUAGACAAGGUGGUCACAGUAUCUUUGGUAGCACAGGAGGGAUGUCCCAAACAAGACAUCAACCAAGUAUCCCGCCAAUGAAUCAGUCCCCUGGGAUACGAGCACAAGUGCCUCAUCAGUUCCUGUCACCUCAGGUGCCAGGCUCUGUGCUGAAGCAGAUGCCCCCUCCCAGCGGGUCCAUGGGGAGUGUUGGUGGUGUGGGAGGGGUGGCAGGAGUCGGGGGAGGUGUGUUUCCUCCGCAGCUGUCGCCUCAGCAUAUUGCCAUGCUCAGCAGCAUCUAUCCACCUCACAUCCAGUUUCAGCUGGCUUGUCAGCUCCUCCUCCAGCAGCAGCAGCAGCCAUCACAGCAACAGCAGCUGCUGCAGAACCAGAGGAAGUUCACGCCAAACGUGCGGCAGCAGGCCGACCCUCAACAACUUGCCCGGAUUAUGGCCGUGCUUCAGCAGCAGAGGCAACAGCAGGUCGGAGGUUUAGGUGGAAGCUCCAAACUCUCUCCCUCUCACCACGGCGGGGUGGGUCCCAAACUGCCUGGGGCUGAUCCCAUGUCCCACCCAGGCCUGGCUGCUUACUCCGGGUUUGGUUCAGGGCUGAACCUUCCCGAUUUAGGUGGCUCCAUGGUUGGGGGGCCUGGAGCCAUGAAGGAUUUGGGGAGUCAGCAGUCUCGUUUCAAAUGGAUGAUGGAGGGAAACUGUUCUCCAGACUCUGCCUCACCUGAGAAUCCGUACCACAAAAAUGGUCCUGUGACCCCCAUAAAGAUGCCAGCGAGCUCACCGUACUCCAGUUACGACAUGAUGGUCGGAGAUGGGCUGAGUGACAACUGGCAUCGCACCCCUGGCAACAAGAUGGGUACCAAACCUACCAACACCACAAGCUGGCCCCCUGAGUUCCAGCCUGGUGUGCCAUGGAAGGGAAUCGACCGCGUCGACCCUGAGUCCGACCCUUACAUGACCCCCGGGAGCAUGAUGGGAAACACAGGGUCCCCCAGUCUUAAUGAUACAGAGCACCAGUUACUACAAGACAAUACAGAUUCCACUCCUCCCCUGAACACCUUGCUGCCUUCACCCGGUGCCUGGCCUUACAGUGCCUCAGACAGCCCCCUCAGCAACGCACACAACUCAGCAAAGUACACAGACUACAAGACCAGUUGGCCCCCAGAACCCAUUGGACACAAGUCUUGGAAAGCCAGUCGGGGCAGCAGCCAGAACCAGUUAUCCCGCCCACCUCCAGGCAUACCCAGUCAAAAGCAGCCGUCGCCUUCCCCUUGGUCCGGAGGAGCUCCUCGAUUGGCCAGUCGGGGCUGGGGAAGCGGCUCAAGCACUACUGGCUCGACCUGGAGUGAUGGCAGCUCUCGGGAAAGCUGCUGGUUGGUGCUCAGUAACCUCACACCACAGAUCGAUGGCUCUACUCUGAAAACCAUCUGCAUGCAACACGGCCCAUUGCUGACCUUCCACCUCGGCCUCACCCAGGGAAGCGCUCUGAUCUGCUAUAACUCCAAACAAGAGGCAGCCAAGGCCCAGAGUGCCCUCCACAUGUGUGUUCUGGGUAACACCACCAUCUUGGCAGAGUUUGUCAGUGAGGAGGACGUGGCUCGCUACAUUGCACAUUCCCAGGCAGGAGGAGCAGGAAGCGGAGCUACCGCGGCCGGCUCUGCAGGCGUGGGGCCCGUCGCCGCCUCCGCCGUCGGGGUGAGCAGCAACGGAGGAAGCUGUGAGCGGGGCGGAGCAGGAUGCAGCACGGUAGGAGGCGGAGUGGAGGGAGCCUCGUCGGGAGGAGCAGGAAACGGAGGAGCCAUGUCUUCCAGUUCAGGGUGGCAAAGUCUGGAAAGCACAGGCAGCUCAUUGGACCAGUCUGCCACUCCAGGGCCUGGACUCGGGAUCUUCUCCCAGUGGAGCAGCAAUGGGACUUGCGUGGGCGGAGCAGGCGGCGUGGAGGCCAGAAGGCAGGGUCUCUGGGGAGGGGUGGGGGGGAUGAGCGGGGCAGGGUACCCCACCAGCAGCCUCUGGGGGUCUCCAGCACUCGACGACCGGCACCAGAUGGGAAGCCCCGCAUCACUGCUGCCAGGGGACCUGCUGGGGGGCGGCGCUGACUGAUACACGUCUUUUACACCGGGGUUGUUAUACAUAUGUCACACUCUACAUUUAUCUACAAGUGGAGAUGACGUGAAAUAAAGCUACACUUGUCAUCCAACGCAGAGACACUUAAAGACACCAUACAGGUUAUUGUCACAUACACAUUAAACCGCUUAACUUUAAAUGAAGACAACAGUGAAACUUGAACUGGGGGAAAAGGUGAAAUCCAUUCAACUUUUGUUUUUGGACUCGACUGGAUAACUGUCUUUUUACUCUAAAUCCCAACAUUGGCAUCCAGAAAUCCAAUCACUCAGGCAUGCACUGUAGACAGGCUCAGCCAGUCGUACAUGGAAACAAGUUUAGCUAUUGCUGUUUUUAUCGUGUCAGUGUGUCACCUUUUUCCCUUUCCUUUUUUUUUUUUUUUUUUGUAUCACUAUUUAAUGGUCAAAUCUCAAAUCCACACUUGCAGACUGAGCCCUCAUAGACCUGGCUGGCAUAUUUCCGCAUUCCAGUUCUUCAUGGAAGCUCGAGAGCGAGACAGAAGCAGAGGAAAGGAUGGGGAGUUUGUAGAAAAGUUGGGACAGCACCACACUACUGAGUCAAACGGCUGACCGGCAGCAUUUGAGAGGUGUCACUGUUUUUAGUGGGUACUGACACAUCUACCUUGGUGGAAACAUGCCAUCACAAUGGGACCCAGGGUGAUUUAAAAACAAAGAUAUCCUAACAAAAACAACAUUAGCCAAACUUGCACUAUAUGCCUCUGGGUUUUUUUUUGUUGACUCAUCCUCCAGAAAUCCUUCCAUUUUUGAAACGGAGCUACAACACAUCAACUAAAGACCUUUGCAGGAUAAAUGAACUGUUACAGCAGCAGUGGCCUUGGCUAAAACCCAGCGGCCGCCCACCUGUCGCAUCGGCAGCAUCGCACCCUCUCAUCACUUACUCACCCCUCUUAUAUUUGACAAACAAAUUGUAUCUCCCCGUCGGUGUACGUCGGUCGUCAUAUCUUGUGUUUCAGAAACAAAAUGUGUGAAACAACAUGGAACUUCAGAGAUGUCUUUUUUGUUAGUUUUUUUUGUUUAUCCUUCAGAUUCUGACCUUGUAUUUUUUUUUUUUUUUUUUUUUUUUCAUACUCAAGAUCUCAAGUUGGUUUAUAUUGUCAUGAUGUAAUUAUGACACGGAUCCCUUAUUUACUCGCUGUAAAAGGUGGCCUCCUGCCUGCCUGCCUCUGUGUGUGUGUGUUUGUGUGCAUGAAAGGAGUGUUGAUAGUCAUUGGCCAAAUGGAGGAAGAUGUGAUGAAGAUGACGACGAUAUCGCAGGUGUCUGUGUUGCGCUACUAUGUUGAAUGUUUUGUUUUUUUCUUUCGUGUCCAGAAGAGAUUCAUGAGAUAUUCUUGUGUGUGUUUGCACAUGUGUGCGUGAGUGUUUGUGUGUGAAUGCUUGCUUUUUGAACACUUAUCGGCUCCAGCCAGAGAAGUGAAAAGAUGUUUAUCUGACAGCUUGAAUUAAAGAGAAAGACGGAGCCAGUGGAUGUUAACACAUCUGUGCUUGACUGUCUGGACAUUGUGAUGGCUUAAGAAGAAAAAGAAAAAAAAAAUCAAAAACAUUGGCACUAUUGCAUAUGUCUCUUAUGUUGUGUUAUUUUUUAAGCAGCAUUUUGUUCCUCAUUGUAUUUUUUUUUUUUUUUCUGUCAAUUGCAAUAAGAGUAAUGUUUUGUUUUAAGACGAGGCAAACAACUGAAGGCAUUUGUGUAAAGAUGCCGCGUCCUACCAUACCAAGCUGAGCUGGAACAGUGUUUUACAGACACGUUAAAAACAUUACCUGUUAUGUUUUACUGUUUCAUUUUGUUAUGUAUCAAUUUAAAUUAAGUCAGUCUUUAUUAUCACUCCUGUUCAGGAUGUUUUCAUUUAUCUCAAAUGUUACAAAAAAAGGAGAAGUUAAUUUAAAGCAGAAAAGAACAAGAUAAUAAAGGUUGAAUUGAAGUCUG